AGUUAAUAUUCUAAUAUAUAAAACGUGUGAUACGAUGCUGAUUAAGCUAGAAACCAAAUCUGCUCGAGUAAAAGGAUUAUCAUUUCAUCCUAAAAGACCAUGGAUAUUAACUAGUUUACAUAGUGGCCAAAUUCAAUUAUGGGAUUAUCGAAUGUGUACACAAUUAGAUAAAUAUGAUGAACAUGAAGGCCCUGUUAGAGGUAUAUGUUUUCAUCUUCAACAGCCUUUAUUUGUAUCAGGUGGGGAUGAUUAUAAAAUCAAAAUAUGGAAUUAUAAACUUAAAAAAUGCCUCUUCACUUUACUUGGUCACUUAGAUUACAUUCGAACCACAUUUUUUCAUCAAGAAUAUCCAUGGAUUUUGAGUGCUUCUGAUGAUCAAACUAUUAGAAUAUGGAAUUGGCAAUCACGUAAUUGUAUCAGUAUUCUUACCGGACAUAAUCACUAUGUAAUGUGUGCACAAUUUCACCCAACAGAAGAUUUAAUUGCCUCAGCCUCACUAGAUCAGACAGUUCGCGUUUGGGAUAUAUCAGGGUUGAGAAAAAAAAAUGCCAUGCCAGGUCCCGAGGGUCUUAUGAAUCAAUUGCGUGGACCUAAUUCAACCGAAUUAUUUAGUACGGGGGAAGUUGUCGUUAAACAUGUUCUAGAAGGUCAUGACCGAGGCGUUAACUGGGUCUCAUUCCACCCAACCUUACCCCUGUUGGUGUCUGGUGCGGAUGACAGGCAGGUGAAAUUGUGGAGGAUGAACGAUAGCAAAGCUUGGGAAGUGGAUACUUGUCGUGGACAUUACAACAACGUGUCUUGUGUGACCUUUCAUCCUCGUAAAGAUUUAAUACUCUCCGACAGUGAGGACAAAAGUCUUCGAGUUUGGGACAUGACCAAACGAACCGUUCUCCAAUCCUUCCGAAAAGAUUCCGAACGCUUCUGGACCCUAUCUUCUCAUCCAUUACUCGAUUUAUUUGCCGCAGGACAUGAUGGUGGAAUGAUGAUAUUUAAGUUGGAGAGAGAAAGACCAGCUUACGUAACACUGUCCAAUACAACAUUGUUUUAUGUUAAAGACAAUAAAUUUGUAAGAGCCCUUGAUUUUAUGACGUCCAAGGAUAUACCACUUUUUCAAAUAAGAAGUGCCCCUUCUUCUUCUGUCUCACCUUUGACAUCUUCAUCAACGUCAACUCACUCUCUUUCCAAAAUAUAUUCAAUGAGUUAUAACCAAACUGAGAACGCAUUUUUGAUAGGGCGUAGAGCGGCUGAGAAUAGUAUUUACGAUGUUUACAUAUUAGGACCUUCGUUUCUUUCUGAUGAAAAUUCAAGCUUAUGUGAAGGCAAAAGAUCUACUGGAAUAUCUGCUGUCUGGGUCGCUAGAAAUCGUUUUGCUGUGCUUGAUAAAUCACACACUAUAUUGAUAAAAAAUUUAAAAAAUGAAGUUGUGAAGAAGAUUCAAGUGCCAUCUAGUUGUGAUGAUAUUUUUUAUGCCAGUACUGGCUGUAUAUUAUUAAAAGAACCUGAUUCUAUUACUUUGUAUGAUGUCCAGCAAAAACGGUAUUUAGCAUCCGCAAGAAUAACAAAAGUGAAAUAUAUUGUAUGGUCAAAUGAUUACUCUUUAUUGGCAUUAUUUAGCAAACAUAUGCUGACCAUAUGUUCUCGCAGACUGGAUAUUUUAAGCUCUAUACAUGAAAACGUAAGAAUUAAAAGCGGCGCAUUUAACGAAAAUGGCGUUUUAAUAUACAAUACUAGCAAUCAUAUCAAAUAUGUAUUACCUAAUGGAGAUUAUGGCAUAAUUAGAACUUUGGAUACUCAAAUAUAUAUUACCAAAGUAAUCAAUAAUAAUAUAUAUUGUUUGGAUCGUGGUUGUAAGCCAUUGGUUUUGACCAUAGAUCCAACUGAAUUUAAAUUUAAACUUGCUUUAAUUAACCGUCAAUAUGAAGAGGUUUUAUAUAUGGUUCAAAAUUCUAAAUUAAUAGGACAAUCCAUAAUAUCUUAUCUACGUCAAAAAGGGUAUCCUGAAGUAGCUUUAUAUUUUGUUAAAGAUGAAAAAACUAGAUUUGGCUUAGCUUUAGAAUGUGGAAAUUUAGAGAUUGCAUUAGAAUCGGCACGUGCACUAGAUAGUAAUUUUUAUUGGAAAAAAUUGGGAGAGCUUGCCUUAGUUCAAGGUGAUCAAAAAAUAGUUGAAAUGUGUUAUCAACGUGCAAAAAGUUUUGAAAAAUUAUCCUUUUUUUACUUGAUAUCAGGCAACGUUGAAAAAGUUAAGAAAAUGAUGAAAAUAGCUGAAAUAAGAAAAGAAACCUGCAACCAAUUUCGCACAGCUAUGUUUUUGAAUGAUAUUUUGGAACAAAUAAAAAUUUUAAAAUCUAAAGGUCAAUAUACAUUGGCUUACAUAUCAGCAAUAACUCAUGGAAUUACUGAGGAAUCUAAAGAACUUAAAGACAAAUUGGAAAGUUUAUCAAUAAAGAUUCCAAUCAUCCCCUCACAACAUAGCCAUAUAGAACCAUGUGUUGCUUUUAUGAAAAAUGAAGAAAAUUGGCCCUUAUUAACCUAUUCCAAAGGCGUAUUUGAAACUAUGUUAUUUGUAAAAAAAACUUUGCCUUCAAAAGUUACUUCUUCGAUGAUUUUAGUGAAUACAACGAACAGUGAAAACAUAGGCGAUGCUUGGGUUGAGGAAGAUAUACUUAAUCACGAUGACGAUUAUGAUGGCGCGAUAAAUGACAAGAGGAACACAGAAGACGAGCGAGGCGAAGGUGACUGGGAUGUAGGUGAUGAUGAUAUUGACAUCCCUACUAUCGAUCCAGGGAUCGAGAGGAAUAGUUUGAUUGGUGAAACAAAUAUGUUUCCUACCCAAGGAAUAUCUCAACCACAAAUAUGGACUGCAUCUUCAGAAUUUGUCAUCGAUCAUAUAUUGGCUGGCUCAUUCGAAACUGCUUUUAGUUUAUUAAAUUCACAAAUUGGUGCCGUAAAUUUUGAGCCAUUUAAACAACUAUUUCUUCAAACCUUUAGCCGAAAUAAAAACCUGAUUCCUAAUUUGUCUAUUAUUCCUCCAUUCCCGUCUUAUCCCCAACGUAUAACACACGAUCCUGGGUUAAAGGGAAGUUUCCCGAUUUUAAGCUUCAAAUUAUCUUCACUGAUUAAACUACUUCAAAUAGCUUACCAAUUAACAACUGCAGGAAAAUUUAAUGAAUCUAUUGACUAUUUUAAAACUAUUUUAACCUAUGUUCCACUUUUGGUAGUUGAAAAAAAGCAAGAAAUUAAUGAAAUCAAAGAAUUGGUAUCUACUUGCAAGGAAUAUAUAAUUGGCUUAAAGAUGGAACAAUAUAGAAAAGGUUUAUCCAAAGAAUCUGUAGAUAAUCAAAAAAGGAACGCUGAACUCGCCGCUUAUUUUACACAUUGUGGUCUUCAACCGAUUCAUUUAAUAUUGACGCUAAGAACUGCACUAAAUCAAUUUUACAAACUAAAAAAUUAUAAAUCAGCAUGUAGCUUUGCUAAAAAGUUAUUAGAAUUGGCACCGAAACCGGACAUAUCUCUUCAAGUGCGCAAUAUACUCAAACUAUGUGAAAAAAAUCCAGUUGAUGAAGAAACACUAUGUUAUGAUGAAUUCAACCCGUUUACAAUUUGUGCUCGAACUUACAAACCCAUAUAUCGGGGUAAAGAUUUGAUAAAGUGCCCAUAUUGCAAUGCUAAUUAUAUGCCAGAAUUUAAUAAACAAUUAUGUUCUAUAUGUAAUAUAUCUCAAAUAGGGAGAGAUUCAGCAGGACUACGGAACAGUCAUUUACAAUUGAAAUGAUUAUUUAUUAUUCUAUAAAUAUUUUUUUAUAAUUUAUUUCCCUUAUUUAAAUUCUUAUUAUAUUAUGCCAUAAUAACAAUAGGAAUAAAGUUCAUAUGAAUCAAAUGAGAUUUUAUUAAAACAUCUUCUUUGACCUGCCUU